AUGAAGAACAUACUUCGUACAUUGCCUCUCCUCUUCCUCGCCGCUACGUCAGUAGUCACCGCCCAAGGCUCGCUUGGCGGGGGAAACGGCUACAUCGACGACGGCCCACAGCCAGAUGACCUGAACGGCUCCAACUUCACCUAUCCCUAUCCGGUCAAAGUCUACAACUUCCCCUCGCAGCGCCUGAACAUGCAAAUGGCCUUUAUGGACGUGGCCCCCGCAAACACCGCAAACACAUCAACAGAGGCGCCGGUGGCCGUCUUGCUGCACGGGAAGAACUUUUGCGGGGCGACGUGGAACGAGACGAUCAUCCAGUUGACCGGUGUCGGGUACCGGGUGAUUGCGCCCGACCAGGUGGGUUUGUUGAAGCAGCUGGGCAUCUACAACGCCACCAUUAUCGGGCACAGCACGGGCGGGAUGCUGGCAGCUCGAUACGCCCUCAUGUAUCCCAGCAACACAACGGCCAUGGCAAUGGUCAACCCCCUCGGCCUGGAGGACUGGAAGACCAGAGGGGUGCCCUACCAGAGCGUCGACCGCAGCUGGGCCACCGAGAACGCGACGACGUACGCCUCCAUCAAGGCCUACGAGAACACGACCUACUACGUCGGCCGGUGGCAGCCCCAGUACGACGUGUGGGUCGGCAUGCUCUACAACGUCUACACGGGAACGCGCCGCGCCGAGUUCACCUACAACCAGGCGCAGACCACCGACAUGAUCUACACGCAGCCCGUCAUCUACGAGUUCGGCCUGCUGGGGCAGCAGGUGCGCACGCUGUUGGUCAUCGGGGACAGGGACAACACGGCCAUUGGAAAGGCCUGGUCGCCGCCGGCGGUGCAGGCGGUCAUUGGGAAUUAUAGUGUGCUGGGCCCCGCGGCGGCGGCGAUGAUUCCGAAUAGCACGCUGGUCCAAUUCCCUGAUUUGGGACAUGCGCCACAGAUAGAGGAGCCGGCGGAGUUUCACCGGGAGUUGUUCGGUUGGCUCUUGGAUUCGUGA